AUCUUAUCCAUCCCCAUCUUCUUCACUGUACAAAGUUCUUCUCUUCUCUUCUCUACGCCUGAGCCCCGUCUUCCUUCUUCUCUCCGCCUCCAAAAAUGGCGUCUACACUCUCAACCAUCUCCCUUCUGCGUUCUCCAUCUCAAUCUACACUUUCCAACGCGCAUUCCCUUCACUCAGCGGUCAUUUUCCCAAACGCCGCGCUUGAUUUCCCAACCAGGCUCAAGAAGAUUUCCACCCGAGCUACCUUCGUCCGUCCACUCUCAGCCGUCGAUGCGCCGGAGAAGAUUCUCCAACUCGGUGAUGAAAUCUCUAAUUUGACCCUAGCCGACGCUCAGAAGUUGGUUGAGUAUCUACAGGACAAGCUAGGUGUAACGGCGGCAGCUUUUGCUCCUGCAGCCGCCGUUCCUGGCGCCGGUGGAGCUGCCGCCGAGGCUGCACCUGUGGUGGAAGAGAAGACUGAAUUCGAUGUUAUAAUCGAGGAUGUGCCUAGCAGUGCGAGAAUUAACACAAUCAAGGCUGUUAGGGCUUUGACGAGUCUGGCUUUGAAAGAGGCUAAGGAGCUUAUUGAAGGUCUUCCAAAGAAGUUCAAGGAAGGGGUAUCGAAGGAAGAAGCUGAGGAGGCUAAGAAACAGCUUGAAGCAGCUGGAGCAAAGAUUGCCAUUGCUUAACAAUGUGAGCAAUUGUUAAUUAUUGAUUUUAAUUUCGGAUAAUGGGAUAAUGGUAAGGUUUUCCUUUCAUUUUUGGAGAGGAAGGUGUACUAUAUAGUCUUCCUGUUUGUUACACUAGUACUGGAAUGCAAUUGAGAUAAAAAAAGGGUUAAUCUUUCUUUAUCA